AGUCAGCCAACAUCAUUGGGACAUUCCGCACAGAAAGAGCCGCAUAACUUAACCCAGGACAGGACACUAUUAGCAGCACCAUCUGAUAAGAGGUUGCUCAAGAGCGUAUCUGUGUGUUUUUUUUUUUACUUAGGCUAAAUACAAUGAAAUGCUUCCAGUGUCAAUUUAGGCAUUUGGCAGCCUAUUUGAAUGCUCCAUGCAGUAAUUCCUCCAUUCAGCACUGCAUAUAACCGGUUAACUCACGAGAAGUAGAGUUUUCUACUAGUAGUGGCACCUGAGUUGCUGUAAAGAGGAGCUAACACGACUUUCGCGAUCCUCUCCAAGUCGGCUAAUUGUUAGCCCAUACUGUAAGUGUAGACUUUGACGGAACGGAGAGGAGUCCACAAACCGAGGAUUACCUGUCGGAUACUUUUACUAGUGCUGUCACGGGGAAAGGUGAAACGGCAUGGCUGUGGACGCGGCCUCCAGUUUCAGUUUCUGCCGGCCUGCUGUGGAGUACAAAGCGCUGCCGGAGGACUUCAACCACGUGAGUCAACGGACGGGAGGGAACCUGACUUGGCAUGACGGGCGUGGACAGAAAACAGCAGGGGGCCGGACAGUGAAGCUGCUCCAACAGCCUGGAACAGAGAGAUAUCAGCGCCGUUCAGGCGACUCCUAUGGAAUCUACCACACCAGCCCCACCCAGCCUAGUCUGAUCCGGCCCGUGGUGUUAUGGACUCAGCAGGACGUCUGCAGGUGGUUGAAGAAACACUGUCCUCACAACUACCUGACCUACGUCGAAGCCUUCUCUCAUCACGCCAUCACAGGCCGUGCUCUGUUGCGUCUGAAUGGAGAGAAGCUGGAGAGGAUGGGCUUGGUUCAGGAGACACUGAGGCAGGAGCUCCUACAGCAGGUGCUUCAACUGCAUGUGCAAGAGGAGGGAAGAAACCUGCAGCUCCUUAGCAGAGGUGGCUCCUUUGGAAAUCUGUCGUAACAUAACACUCCAUUUCUGACUGGGUUGUUUACAGUGAAAACUGGAAAUAUUAUAGAGCACUUCAACCAUGUACAAGCUGGGAGGCUGUACACCAGUCAGAAACUAGGACUGCAAUGUGAACCACAUGGAAACUACUAACUCUGAUGAGGACACAUGGGAUGAUCACAUGCAACAUCCAACUCAGACAGAACCGGGGGAGUUGGAACACUCCCAAAUAUACAUACAGUACUGUGAUCAAUAGAGCACAGUCCUAACUUUGAAAAGUUAGAUAUCGGUUUUCCAUCAACCAAAGGGACAGACGGACUAUACAGUUCUAUCUGUAGUUUGAAAUGAAAGGACGUUAUUAAAGGCUUCAUGUCAGAUUGGUUGUUUUUGUCUUGUAGCCCAUUUUUAUGUUAUUUUAUGUUUUAACCAUACAACUGUGCAAGGUAUGUUGUGAAUGAUUUUUGUCACAAUGGUUCCUCUUGGAAGUAUCCUAUAGAAUACUCUAAUUUGGGGCUUAAUUGUAAAUUGUAUAGAUUGUUGUAAAAUAUAUGUAUGGGUAAGGGCCCUUAUUUCAGACAAAUAAAAUGUAUUAUGCAUUUAA